CCGCGUUGAACUUCCCUUCAGUUCUUCUCUGUUAAUUUAAUUAUGAGAAAUGAAAAAUAAAGUUUUCACUGGAUUAAAUAACCCAUUUUUCACUUUAAUUCUCUGCUUCAAUUUCUUCUGAUCCGAUCGAUUGCGGAAAUGAAAAGGAGAAAUGUUUAGAUUGAUGGAGAUUCGGAUUUGAAUUUCAGAUUUUAGUGCAUUAAUUUCUUGUUGGUGAGUGCGAAAAUGAGCACGCAAAGGCAGGUGAUCGUACGGGACUUAAUGGAUGAAGGCAAGAAGAGGAUUGUUGUUUUGGUUAUUUGUGUUGUUGGAUUAUCUUAUCUCAUGUCUUUUACCUUUUUCAGUAACGAGCUCCUCAGUUUGGGUCAACUUGCCUGCUGCUGCUUCCUUGAUCAUUCUCCUUCGCUACUUCACCAUGGAUUAUGAAAUGCGUAAGAAAGCUGCUGCAUAUAACAACAAACCUGCCUCUGCAAAAUUAAGUACACUGCCACAAAACAAAUCUCUUGAACUUAACAGGGUAGUUGAAAAGUCUGACUGGAGAAGGAAAGUGAAUUCUCCUGUUGUUGAGGAUGCAAUAGAUCACUUAACAAGGCAUCUAGUCUCUGAGUGGGUGGCAGAUCUAUGGUACUCUCGCCUGACCCCUGAUAAGGAAGGUCCAGAGGAACUGGUGCAGCUAAUGAAUGGUGUUCUUGGGGAAUUUUCAAGUCGCAUGAGAAAUGUAAAUCUUAUUGAUCUACUGACAAGGGAUCUUAUUAAUCUCAUCUGCACCCAUUUGGAGCUUUUUCGUGCAAGUCAAGCAAAGAUUGACAAGCAACAGUCUGGUUUGCUUACCAUUGAUGAGCGAGACAAGGAACUAAGACUUGUUCUGGCUGCUGAGAACAAAUUGCAUCCUGCUUUAUUUUCUGCUGAAGCUGAGCACAAGGUUUUGCAGCAUCUGGUGGAUGGCCUCAUUUCUUUGACUUUCAAGUCAGCAGAUCUGCAGUGCUCUUUCUUCCGUUAUGUUGUCAGGGAACUUCUCGCUUGUGCGGUGAUGCGACCAGUGUUAAACUUGGCUAGCCCAAGGUUCAUAAAUGAAAGGAUUGAAAAUGUUAUCAUUUCUAAGGCUAAUCAAAGAGUUGCUGCAGCUCAAGAAGCAUCUCAUUCCAAAUCAAAUGGGUCUUCAAGGAUCCCAUCUGAUCAUUUUUCUAGGUUUUUAGACCCUACUGGAACUGGGGUUGAACUUACGCAGUUAAAAAACAAUCAAUCCAGAAGUGGGCCAGAGGCACCUGAAAAAGAUAAGGUGAAUGGAAGCCAUAUCUCAAAAGAUCCAUUGCUUUCCAUCGAUACCCCAUCUUCCCGCACAUGGAGCUCACUGUCCAAAAACUCUCUGAUUAAUGAUGAAGGAGAAAUUGAACGACAUCUUUCAGGACGUGAAUGGGGUGAGAUGUUUGAUAUGAUGUCUCGCAGAAAGACUGCUGCCCUUGCUCCAGAAAAUUUUGAAAACAUGUGGACAAAAGGGAGAAACUAUAGAAAGAAAGAAGGUGAAAAUCAGGCGAUCAAGCACCCCCCACAGAAUUCUUCAGCAAGUAAGUCCAUUACAUCAGAUUAUUCAAAGAGUACAUCUAAUUCCAAGAAGGAUGAUGUGACCAAACUCGAUGCUUCGCUGGCCCGCAAUGAUCAGUCUGUGGGUACUGAGCAGUCUACUGUAGAAAACCCUCUGCAUUAUGUCAAUCAGAACAUGUCAAAUCACUCACUAUUUAGUUCACAUCGAGAUGGCAUACAGAGCCUCAUGGAUGUGGAUGGGACUGAAUCAGGCAGCACUAGCUCUUAUACUUCUGAAGAGGAAGAUGUGAACUUUGUAACUGGUCUUGAUUCUCCAGGAACUAAAGUCUGGGAUGGUAAAACUAACAGAAACCUGGCUGUUUCCCACAUUCAUCAUCCGCUUGAAAAUCCUGAUGGCCACAGGGCAAAGAAGACUGGUAGAGGGCAUGCUCACUAUCAAAGAUUAUCUAGACCCCAAUCUGGCAGGAAAAGGUCGAGGCCAAGCACUCAGAAGGUACCUGUUUGGCAAGAGAUUGAGAGAACAAGCUUCUUGUCUGGGGACGGGCAGGACAUACUUAGUUUAAAAGGACAUGCUAAAGCUGAUGAUUUCACUGAUGAUUCCGAUGUUGAAACUCUGGAUAGAGUUUACAGUGGAUCAACUGCUUGUUCGUCUGCAACAUUUGUUUUUAUUCCUGAAAGCCACACUUUAAAUGAUAAUUCCGUGAAACAUUCAUUAAUGGUGGACGCAUUUUAUAAGUUGAGAUGUGAGGUAUUGGGUGCAAAUAUUGUUAAGAGUGACUCUAAAACGUUUGCUGUUUAUUCCUUAUCUGUUACGGAUGUAAAUAACAAUAGUUGGUCAAUCAAACGAAGAUUUCGACAUUUUGAGGAGUUACAUAGACGGCUCAAAGAAUAUCCAGAAUAUAGUCUUCAUUUGCCGCCAAAACAUUUUCUCUCUACAGGUUUAGAUAUGCCUGUCAUAAAAGAGCGGUGUAAAUUGCUUGACCGAUAUCUGAAGAGGCUCUUGCAACUUCCGACAAUUUCAGGAUCUAUUGAAGUCUGGGACUUUCUUAGCGUUGAUUCUCAGACGUAUGUGUUCUCAAAUUCAUUUUCUAUCAUCGAAACAUUAUCAGUUGACCUGGAUGAUAAGCCCUCUGAAAAGAGUAAAAGGGUUUCAAAUUUUAUCGGGCCUGCAACAGAUUCCUUAUCCACUAGGAAGGAACAAUUGAGUGCAGAGUGCAAGGAAUCUAUAUUGCAGACAAAGCAUGCUCUUGGGGUAGAUGGAGCACGAAUGAUUUCAAAAGACACGCCUCAAUCUCCAGUGAGAAAGUCUGUCAAAGAAUUUGGAAAAUCAUUCAAGGAUCCAGGCUGUGAUUCAGAUAUGCAAAAGAAUGCAUCAUCUGCCAGAAAUUUAGAGAAGAAUAUAGAAGGAAGAGAGGGCGAUAGUUUAGAAGAGAUGUCCGCAUCCCUUAAUGAUUCUGCUAAUGACCCCAUGCUCCCUACAGAGUGGGCACCACCAAAUUUGACUGUUCCUAUACUUGAUUUGAUAGAUGUCAUUUUCCAGCUACAAGAUGGUGGAUGGAUCAGGAGGCAGGCUUUUUGGGUGGCCAAACAGAUACUACAACUAGGAAUGGGUGAUGCUUUAGAUGAUUGGCUGAUAGAGAAAAUCCAGCUUCUGCGUAGGGGUUCAGUUGUUGCAUCAGGGAUCAAGCGGGUUGAGCAGAUACUUUGGCCUGAUGGAAUAUUCAUAACCAAACAUCCAAAGAGACGACCGCCACCCCAUCAACCCUCAGAAGUGUCUUCUCCUAAAUUGAUUUCCCCUCAUGGCCAGCAACCCAUGGAAGUAUCUUCACCUAAAUUUAGUAAUGAGCAGCAACAACAGGAUGCAGCUCGACGUGCUAAACUUGUAUAUGAGCUGAUGAUUGACAACGCACCAGCUGCCAUUGUAAGUCUUGUUGGUCGAAAGGAGUAUGAACAAUGUGCAAAAGAUCUUUAUUUCUUUCUUCAGUCAUCUGUUUGUAUGAAACAACUGGCGUUUGACCUCCUUGAGCUGCUGCUUUUGACUGCAUUUCCAGAACUGGAUUAUGUUUUAAGGCAGCUGCAUGAAGAAAAGCAUAAAUUUGGUGAAUUUAAACCCAAUUAAUCAAGCAUAGCAAGUUGAUCUUUGCCUGAUUUUUUCCCCUUCAGGUAUGUUAUUUUCAAAUUUUUGCAACUGAAACAUGUCCCACAUUGUGAUUGAUGGUAUCAAAAGAUGGUCAAAUUGAUACAUAGGUCUGAUGUUUAGUUAGAUUCUUGUUUUGGCAAUUUUGAGGAUAUUGUACCUAAAUCAUGAAAUUAGUGAAAAAUCUAUAUAUAUUGAUUUUUUCGUGUCUUC